UGUGUAUAUAUGUAUAUUGGAUUUUUCAUCUUACUGUACUUCGAAAAUGAAAACCUGGAAAUUACAGGUUUAUAGGGUUUGGAAAGCAAGGAGGUUAUGCGCCUCCUAUGCGUUCUUGUCUACUAUUAAUUUUUUUUUCUUGUCUACUAUUAAUGCUGGCAAAUACUGACGUAUUACAUUACUUGUUUGUUAAAUGCCAAAAAAUAUAUAGAUUACUAAAAUUUGUUGCAUCUUUUUGACAGUUAGCAUAUUAGUAGCGUUUUUUUUUGAAACCAUAUCAUUAUCGUUUACGUGAUGUGUUUUUGUGCUGUGUUUUGUGGAAUAACUAAUUGCAUAUGGCAUACAUCAGGACUUUGGUUCAGUGAAUUACUAUACUGUAAAAGCAGAUAUUCAACAUACACUUGUGAAGUAUGUAGUGUGAAUCUUCUUAGUAUAGUGUUUGGGGAUAGACUCUAUUAAAGUGUGAGCAAUUUUUAGGACAAUCUCACCAAUAUAGCAUUUUUCCAUUAAACAUGUAGACUUUGAUUCAGUAAUUCUCAGAAUCUAUUGGAUAGAUCAUAGGUAUGUUAAGAUGUCUUGUGAAAUUUGUCUGGAAGUUGCACUAUUUCGAUACCGUGUGAUGUAAACAUGCAUCUUCUGCAAUGUGGUGUUUCCAAUAAUGUGAAAGUUCUCCUAUAUCUUUAUAUUGCCCUUUUAUCUUGUGUUUUUUAACUGGUUUUCUUGACUCAAGAAUGUUUCAUUAGUUUUUUAGUUCUCAUUUAUGAAAUGAAGACAUCUUCCUUCGUAACUCCAUUUGGGAUAAUGUGAUCAUGUGUCAUGGGGCUAUAUAAUUCCUUGGAGGAGUAGCCAAACAGACCAUAGGUGAGCUCGAAGACGCAAGCAGAUGCAACGAUUAGAGAACUAAGUAUUGGAUAAUUGAGGACUCCUAAUGCCAGUUUGAUCUUGAUAGUACAUAGUUCUUUACUUUGGACAUAUGGGCUCACUCUGCAGUAGACAGCAACAUUUCAAUCAUGCUGAUUCUGAAGAAAAUGCACAUACUGCAGAUAUAGAAAGGCGGAUCGAGCAAGAAGCAAAGGCCGAGAAGCAUAUUCAGAAACUUCUCCUACUUGGUGUCGGAGAGUCAGGGAAGUCAACUAUAUUUAAGCAGAUAAAACUUUUGUUUCAAGCUGGCUUUGAUGAGGCAGAGCUAAAGAGCUAUAUCUCGGUCAUCCAUGCCAAUGUGUAUCAGACAAUAAAAAUAUUGCAUGAUGGGGCACAGGAAUUGGCUCAAAAUGAAACAGAUUCCUCGAAGUACAUUAUAUCUGCUGAAAAUAAGGAAAUUGGAGAAAGACUUUCACAAAUUGGAGGCAGGUUCGAUUAUCCCUGUCUCACUAAAGAGCUUGCGCAGGAGAUAGAAACUCUUUGGAAAGAUGCUGCCAUACAGGAGACAUAUUCUUGUGGUUAUGGACUCCAAGUUCCAGAUUGUGCCCUUAUUUCAUGGAAAAUUUACAGAGAUUGUCUGACGAAAAUUAUGUUCCGACAAAGAGUAUUCAAACUGGUUAGUUCCUGGGUUCCAUCCAUCCUCGUGAAUUCUGCCAAUCUUUUGGAGGAUGUUCUUUAUGCCAGGGUUCGCACAACUGGUGUUGUAGAAAUCCAGUUCAGCCCAGUUGGAGAGAACAAAAAAAGUGGGGAAGUAUAUCGACUCUUUGAUGUUGGAGGCCAGAGGAAUGAGAGAAGGAAGUGGAUUCAUCUAUUUGAAGGUGUCACAGCUGUGAUAUUUUGUGCUGCCAUUAGCGAGUAUGAUCAAACAUUAUUUGAAGACGAAAACAAGAAUCGAAUGAUGGAGACAAAGGAACUCUUUAAUUGGAUCCUGAAGCAACCAUGUUUUGAGAAGACAUCCUUCAUGCUAUUUCUUAACAAGUAUGAUAUAUUCGAGAAGAAGGUUCUGAAAGUAAGAGCAAAUAUAUAUGUAAAUGUUUAGUUGUUUGAGGACUUCUUCCCUGAAAUUUAGAUCUGG